AUGGAAGUAAAUAUUCUUGCAUUUAUUGCUACUGCAUUGUUCAUUUUAAUCCCCACAGCUUUUUUGCUAAUUCUUUAUGUACAAACAGCUAGUCAGGGUAGUUAA